AUGGAUUUGUGUAAACAAAUGAUAGAUGAAAAAGACGUUAUCUACUACAACUUUGAAUUCAUCGAUGAUACUUUUAUGAUGCCGAUGAAGCAGAACGACAAAGAUUAUUUGGGGCUGGGAAACAAAGAGGAAGAAAUACCAUAUAAUAAAGAUGGAAGUGUGAAGGAAGCUGCACAGCCUUACAGUCAGAAUCGGAUUCAAAUAUACAAGGAGCAUCCACUAAUGCUCAUGAUUAAAUCGGAGAAUGAAGAUUCAAGGAAACUACUCGAUCAUGAUCUCGUCAAAACGAUGCUCAAUUAUCGCUGGAAGACGUUUGGAAGAUUUGGCUAUUUUUGGCUUUCUUUUUUUCCUUAUGCGGCAUUUUUAUUCUUCUUCACCUUAAUGAUCAUCAAUAUUGAUCGAAAAAAACCAAAAAUCAAUGAAAAAACUCGAGCGAUUGAAAUCGAGAGCGUGCACGUGAAUGUCACAUUUCGAGAUGCUACAGAGAUAACGCAGGAAGUUGCAAAUAAUAUCAUCAUUGAUUGUGUGGCAAUUGCAUUUGCUUCAAUCUUGCUCAUCUUUUUGCUCGUAAAAGAAUGGUAUCAAUUCCGACAACUCACCCGCAAAGCCUACAUAAGUUGGGAAAAUUGGGGCAAUCUCGGUGAAUUGUUUGUCUAUUUCUUGUCGGUGGGCACGAUUUUGUGGAGGACUUCAGCGCUUUGCUCAAAAGAUGAUCUCAGCGACGGAUUUUGGAUCUUGGCGUCCUUCGUUUUUGCCAUCUCUUGCUUCAUGAUGUUAAUCCAUAAAAAGGAGGAGUUUUCUCAAUGGGAUUAUUCAUUUUUCAAGACUUUUAUGAUGUCCACUGGGGAAAUUGAUUACUCGGAUAUAUUUUUCGAUGAGACGGAUCAUUUUGAAAACAGACCCGGUACCAAGUACUUCACAAUGGUGAUUUUCUUCGUUUUCGUCUUCGUCAUUGUCAUUCUUGUGCACAAUCUUUUCACUGGUGUUGCAGUUGGGAACAUUGAAGAUAUCAUGAAAGAAGCAAAACUUGAAGAGCUUGCCAUUGAGGCUGAUUGCCUUUUGAUGCAAGCGACGUUGAGUAAAAACAUCAUGAAAAGCCAAAAAUAUCGUCAUUGCGUGAGUGUAAAUCGCGAGGAUUGGACAUUCAAAUCGGAAAUUGUCUCAUUUUGGAAACUUCACUGGGAAGCGGUUGGUACUUACUUUGGCCGGGAUUUAUCUUGUUGUUCUUGUUGUUCUUGCUGUUCUGGAAGCAAUGAAAAUCAAACGGAGGCUGAUCGAAGACAUCAACUACCUGAUGAUGAUAAAGAAAGGCGGAAAAAGGAAGCGAACCAACUCAAGAAGUUACAGGAAGAUAACUUCUUUUUGGAGGAUCCAAUAAAGAAACACGUGAUGAACAACGAAAAAAUGACUCUUGAUUUGCAAAAAGAAGUGAAAGAGUUGAAAACCGAACUGACAAACCAGAAAGAGCAAAUGGCCAUUCAAAAUAAGAAGACAGGAGAUCAAUUCACUUUGAUUAUCGAUAUGCUGAUAACGCAGCAAAAGCAAAUGGCUGAUGAAAGUCAAAAAUUUGAGGACCAAAUCAACAAGCUUAUGAAGAAACCUCAAGAGUCUCAUGAACCCGGGAAGCCUGAUAGUGAGGAUGAGAAAGAAAAUAACAAUCAGGCUGUAGAAAGUGUAAUGUUACCCGGAAUGUUCGAGAUGAAGAAACCUCAAGAGUCUCAUGAACCCGGGAAGCCUGAUAGUGAGGAUGAGGUCGAGGAGGAGAAAGAAAACAGCAAUCAGGCUGUAGAAAGUGUAACGUUACCCGGAAUGUUUGACGAUGAUUUAUUCGAGAUGAAGGAACCUCAAGAGUCUCAUGAACCCGGGAAGCCUGAUAGUGAGGAUGAGGUCGAGGAGGAGAAAGAAAAGCAUUUCUACAGCAAUCAGGCUGUAGAAAGUAGAAUAAACGAGUUUCCCGGCAUGUACGAGGAACCAAAUGAUGAUCUGCACGAGAUGCCGAAUGAAAGAGAUAUGGAUGAAUUCUUU